AUGGAGGAAACAGAACAGCCAACACAGCUAAAAAAAACAUAUUCAUACAUCGUAAGAGAGUCCAUCUAUUUCAGAAGAGCUCUCUUGCUGCAGCCUUUGACCACCCCGGGGUGCGAAAAAAGGUACACCCCCACAGGAAUGGCCUUCAACAUUUUUUCUCUUUUCGUAUCGAUGGUGGUGAGCAGCUCCUGCUACAAGACGCUUUUUUCUUUCAGCCAGCCCAAGCUCCUGCCGGUCUAUAAGUUUGUGAUAUACAUCUGCAUAGGGCGCAUGAUUCCCUUGUUCUCUUUUGUGAUGUGUCUGGGAACCAUUAUAUACCUGUGCUUGUUUAGUUUUACUCUGCUUGAGUCUGGGUACAUCAUAACAUACUCUCUCUCAACGACUUUUCCCAUUGCCCUGAUUGGAAAGUCCAUGCAGCUGUAUUUUACCAGCCACAUCGAAAUAAUUGGAGCACUUAUUUUUUUGAUCAACGGGGUUGUUUCAACUAUUUUCAUACUGGCAAACAGAUCAAAAAA